AUGUCAACGAAAUCCACUUUGUCGACGUGUUCGAGUCCGGCAAGUCUUCCCGCCCCUCUGGCUCCCGCAGUACCAUCUGUUAAGCUGCUCGCCGCUGCGGCUACCCCAAGCCCAGUUCCUCCCAGACCCGCAUCUAUCACCACAAAAGAAUGGGUCAUCCCUCCCCUCCCAAAGCCUGGUCGCAAGCCUGCUACUGAUACCCCUCCAACGAAACGAAAGGCUCAAAAUCGUGCUGCUCAGAGAGCUUUUCGCGAGAGAAGGGCUGCAAGAGUAGGCGAACUUGAAGAGCAAAUCAAGCAAAUAGAAGAAGAAAGUGACAAACGGGAGGCUGCUUUGAAGCAACACAUUGAAACUAUUUCUGGUCAGCUCGAACAAUGCAAGUUUGAGAUAGCGUGGUGGAAAAAACGAUGCCAGACGUUGGAGAAUACGGUAGCAGAGGAGAAACAAGCCAACGAAGAAUUAAUGAAAAGAGUUCAGGCAGCGGAGCAAGCCCACAUCACCCUGGACAGUGGAGUCCCGUGUGAAAACUGUUCCUCCACACGAUGCCAGUGUAUUGAGGAAGCUUUUGGAUUCCCGACUAGUCCCGCAGCCCAGAAUGAUGAGUUGCCGAAAAGACCACGCUCUCCGCAUCAGGCCGAUGCCUCAAAGCGCCAAAGAUCGGACAUCAGAGUCAAGAUGGAAGCAGAUGAGUUAGAAACAGAUUUCACUUCCCUGUUUUCGACAAACCGUGAACGCAAAGUUCGAAUCGAAACGUCCGUUUCCCCUUCCAGAAUGAUCGACCCCUGUGGCUUCUGUCAGGAUGGUACUCCAUGCAUGUGUGCAGAAAUGGCAGCUGAAGCAGAAAACAAUCCACAUAUCAAUACAUCAUCCGAUACGAACAACAGACUAGCCAUCCAAAGCCUAUCCCAGUUCACACCGCCCCCGUCAGAUGGAGAUGUACGAUCCGAACCCCUUCCUUCAGGAAGCAAUAGCAUCAUAUCCAACAAUAGCAUAAAAGCCAAUCCGUGCAUCAACGGUCCAGGAACCUGCGCACAAUGCCAGGCUGAUCCCAAAAGCACACUUUUCUGCAAGAGUCUAGCCGCCUCACGCGCCAACAUCGCUAAUGCCACCGGCGCAGGCUCAAACGCAGGUUGCUGUGGUGGUCGCGGCUCAGAAGGGGGAUGCUGCCAGUCCCGCCCUUUAACCCGAAACGCAGGUCGAAACCGAAACGAAGGUCAGAGAAAUGACGACAUUACUUGCUCACCGUCAACCCAGCAGCAACAACAGCCCAUAACCCUCUCCUGCGCGGAUACCUACACCGCCCUCUCCCGCCAUCCUAACUUCUCCCGUGCCACUGAUGACUUGAAUAACUGGCUACCACAUCUGCACACCUUACCUAAUCCUCAGGGGUUUUCGCUUCCGAACUAUACCGGUCGUCCGGCGAUGGAAGUCGAGGCGGCUAGCGUUAUGGGCGUAUUGAAGUAUUUCGAUAGGCGGUUUGCCGACUAG